AUGGCUUCUACAUCUAUCCAGGGCCUUGAGGCCCUCCUCCAGUCUCUGAAAGUCUCGACUCCAAUACCACAAUUCCCCCAAGCCAAUGUUCUUUUCGCUCCAGCAGAUAUUUAUCGCUCGUAUAUUGCGGAGGUCAUUCAAAAGCUAGUCGAAUGCGAUAAAGACACUGCAUAUGAUGCUGUUCAAUGGGCCAAUGCGGCUACGAACGCCGAUUUAAUGCUUAUUACAGCCCGUUUAAAAUUGAAAGGAAUCAAUCCAAAGCAGCUAGCCGAAGAUAUAGUGUCAAAGUUCCCGUCUACUUCAUUGCUUAGCCAGCCGACGGCCAAUGGGAUAUUUAUACCCCUCUCGUUCUGUCCAGACACACUACCCAAAUUGAUAUUACCCUUCAUCUUUGACCGUCGAGCAUCGUAUGGAUCGAACCCGCUUCAGGGACUCCGGGACCCUCACGAUCAAAGCUCUGGCAAGAAAAAGGUCAUCAUAGAGUUCUCAUCUCCAAAUAUUGCCAAGGAGUUUCAUGCUGGCCAUUUGCGAAGUACGAUCAUCGGAGCGUACAUUUCCAAUCUAUACGAGAGCAUGGGUUGGGAUGUGGUCAAAGUGAACUACCUGGGUGACUGGGGAAAACAAUUUGGGCUACUUGCUGUCGGGUGGCAGAGGUUUGGAUCGGAAGAGCUUUUUACAAAGGAGCCAUUGAAACAUCUGCUUGAAGUAUAUGCAAAGAUAAACUCUUUGUUCGCGCCAGAGAAGGAGGCUAGUGAACAAGCUCGAGAUAGGGGAGAGGACACCUCUGAGAUUGAAAGUAAGGGCUUAUUCGCUGAGAGAAAUGCAUUUUUCCAGAAAAUGGAGGAUGGGGACCCCGACGCUAUUGCAUUAUGGAAACGGUUCCGUGAUGUUAGUAUCGAGCGGUAUAUCUCGACCUAUGCUCGUCUCAAUAUUAAGUUUGAUGUUUACUCUGGGGAAUCAACCGUGAAAGUAUCGACAGUCGAGAAAGCCGAAGCACUUCUCAAAGAAAAGGGUGUCUACACUGAAGAUAACGGCACCUGGAUCAUCGACUUCAAGAAGCAUGGUGCUCCUCAUCUUGGAGUUGCAGUUGCUAGAACACGAAUCGGCACUACAACUUACUUACUCCGUGACAUUGCGGCUGCCCUGGAGAGAGUCGAGAAGUAUCAGUUUGAUAAAAUGAUCUAUGUCGUUUCUACCGAGCAGGAUCUAUAUUUCCAGCGCCUCUUCAAAACGAUUGAACUCAUGGGAUACACUGAUGUGGCUGCCAAACUUGAACAUAUCAACUUUGGAAAAGUCAUGGGCAUGUCAUCUCGAUUGGGCACUGUGAAGAUACUGAGUGAUAUCCUGGAUGAAUGUGGCAGUGCCAUGCACGAUGUCAUGCGGAAGAACCCUGCCAAAUAUGAGCAAAUUGAGAAUCCUGCUGAGGUUGCAGAUACACUUGGAAUCACAGCAGUUAUGGUUCAGGAUAUGGCGGGCAAAAGAAUCCACAACUAUCCAUUUGACAUUGCUAAGAUGACCUCCUUUGAGGGCGAUACAGGCCCCUAUCUUCAAUACGCUCAUGCGAGACUUUGUUCUAUCGUUCGGAAAGUGGAUAUUGACCCCAAGGAGAUUACAACUGCAAACUUCUCUCUCUUAAAGGAGCCACAUGCCAUCAAUAUCCUUCGCCUUAUGGCCCAGUAUCCUGACGUUACCUGUAAUGCUGUGAAAACACUAGAGCCAACCACAAUCCUGACAUAUCUUUUCCGACUGGCACAUCAAGUCUCCUCGGGAUACGAUGUGAUCAAGGUAAUUGGUGCUGAGAGCCACGAAGUCACUGUCGCUCGUCUAGCUCUGUAUGAAGGAGCACGACAGGUGCUAGAAAAUGCCAAGGUCGCUGCUAAAGAGUAUUUUCGUGAUCCAUUUCAAGUUUAA